GGGUGCAGGCAGCGGAGACGGGAGGCUGGAGAGCUCGAUUCUCUAUAUAUGAGCAGAAGGGAGCGGACUCGGUGACUGACACUCAGCUGAGCCCAGCCUGCUGCCCCACUCCCUCUCUCACCCUCACAUAGAGCACACUCGCUCACCUCGUCUUAUUAUUUACUGAUCAAUUCCUAAUCAGAUCCACUUUCUCUGGCAGGGCAGAUGGGGAAAGAUUACUAUUCCAUUUUGGGCAUCGAGAAGGGAGCUUCGGAAGAAGACAUUAAGAAGGCUUACCGAAAACAGGCGCUGAAAUGGCACCCAGACAAGAAUAAGUCAGCGCAUGCUGAGGAGAAGUUCAAGGAGAUUGCAGAAGCCUAUGAGGUGUUGAGUGACCCCAAAAAGAGGGACAUCUAUGACCAGUUUGGGGAGGAGGGACUUAAAGGAGGAUCUGGUACCCCUGAUGGACCUGCCGGAAACUUCCAUUAUAGUUUCCACGGAGACCCUCACGCCACGUUUGCUGCGUUUUUUGGUGGAGCCAACCCGUUUGAAAUGUUCUUUGGAAGACGGAUGGGUGGAGGUCGAGAUGAUGAAGACAUGGAGCUGGACGGGGAUCCAUUUAGCUCCUUUACCAGCUUCAGCAUGAAUGGAUUUCCCAGGGAGAAGAACCAGGUGGGCAACCAGCUCCGGCGUAAGCAGGACCCACCUAUAAUCCAUGAGCUAAGGGUGUCCUUGGAGGAGAUUUAUCACGGCUGCACCAAAAGGAUGAGGAUCUCUCGCAAAAGAUUGAACCCAGACGGGAGAAGCGUCCGGACGGAGGACAAAAUCCUGACCAUCGAGAUAAGGAAGGGAUGGAAAGAGGGGACCAAAAUCACAUUCCCCAAGGAGGGGGACGAGACACCAACAACUAUUCCGGCGGAUGUCGUUUUUGUUAUUAAAGACAAGCCUCAUGCGCACUUUAAGAGAGACGGGUCCAACAUUGUGUGUCCGGUAGAGAUCAGCCUGCGCGAGGCCUUGUGUGGAUGCUCUAUCAACGUGCCAACCAUAGAGGGGAGGAACAUCCCGAUGACCAUAGCAGACGUGAUUAAACCCGGCAUGCGCAGGAGGAUUAUAGGGUACGGACUCCCAUUUCCAAAGAACCCGGAGCAGCGCGGGGACCUCCUGGUAGAAUUUGAAGUCUUAUUUCCGGACAGCAUUCCACAGUCAUCCAAGGAAAUACUCAGACGACAUCUGCCGGUUUCCUAGAACCCCAACCAGAGGCGAAGGACAAAUGGUGCAUUUUGAACACUGCUGUCGGAUUCUGUGUGCACAUUAUUACUCUAGAAUGCUGUGUUACUAUAACGGUCGUUGUACGCGCUUGGAAAUCCUGUCGCGCAGGAUCGCAAAUGAACAAAAGCCAAUGAUUGGCAAGCUAUCCUUUUAGAGGAAUGCUGCCAUUGCACCUGGUGGCCACUAGGGGUGCUGCCAGACCACCGUUUUUGGUGGUGGAAACACUACAUUAGCGCUCACUUUGUUACAUAGUACUGGCAGUGAACGCUGCACUGUACUUAAAACCUUACUGUCCCCAAGAGCUUAACAUCUAUUUUUUUACAAAGAUUUGUUACACGUUACAGCCAAACAAAUAGGGUGAGAAAAGUACCUCCUGUUCCCAAACCCAAUAUAUCGCGACAGCUGCGUUAUAGAGGUGUGCG